CCUUCCCCGAACCUCCUUCAUUUAACAGCACUCCCUCUCCAAGAAAACACAGAAAAACCAACAUUAAAAGGAAAAACUGCCAAAACCUUUGCUUUUUCCUCUCUCCGUUUGUUUCUCGAGAAAAUAAUAUACUCCCGAGAUCCAUGAACUGAAAAAGAAGUUGACGGACGCUGUUUCGGGGAGGUAUUGAAGGAUGACGUCAGGGACGAGAAUGCCGACGUGGAAGGAGAGGGAGAACAACAAGAGGAGAGAGAGGAGGAGGCGGGCGAUCGCGGCGAAGAUCUUCGCGGGGCUACGAAUGUACGGAAACUACAAGCUUCCCAAACACUGCGACAACAACGAGGUCUUGAAAGCUCUGUGCAACGAAGCUGGUUGGACCGUCGAAGAAGACGGUACCACUUACAGAAAGGGAUGCAAACCAGUGGAUCGCAUGGACAUAGUAGGGGGUUCUGCAUCAGCUAGUCCAUGUUCCUCAUAUCACCCAAGUCCUUGUGCAUCUUACAAUCCAAGUCCUGCUUCAUCUUCCUUUCCAAGCCCGGCCUCAUCCCAUUACACAUCCAAUGCCAAUGGUAAUGGUGAUGCCAAUUCCCUAAUCCCGUGGCUGAAAAACCUUACCUCUAGCUCAUCAUCAGCUUCGUCCAAGCUUGCUCAUCAUCUCUACAUCGCUGGGGGGUCCAUAAGUGCUCCUGUCACUCCACCAUUGAGCUCCCCGACUUCCCGAACUCCUCGAACUAGAAAUGAGUGGGAUGAAAGGACUGCUGCCUCAGCUUGGGCUGGGCAGCGAUAUUCUUACCUGCCUUCAUCCACUCCACCAAGUCCUAGCCGUCAGGGUUUUCCUGAUUCAGGAUGGCUUUCCCGACUUGAAAUACCCCAAAGUGGGCCAACAUCCCCUACGUUUAGCCUUGUCUCACGAAACCCUUUUGGAUUUAAAGAUGAGACUUUAUCAGGUGGAGGUUCACGGAUGUGGACUCCUGGGCAAAGUGGCACAUGCUCACCAGCAUUUCCUGCAGGUGUUGAUCAAACAUCGGAUGUUCCAAUGUCUGAUGCGAUUGCUGCUGAGUUUGCCUUUGGCAGUAAUGUAACAGGGUUAGUGAAGCCUUGGGAAGGAGAAAAGAUCCACGAGGAAUGUGUGGCUGAUGAUCUUGAACUUACACUCGGAAAUUCAAAAACCAGGUAAAGCUUCAGGGAGAGAAUGAGAAUCGAGCAGCACUUGCGUCUUGCAGAAGAGGGUGAGGAUAUUCUCCAUGGGUCUUUGUCUGGCUUCGUCCUUAGACCAGGAGCUCAAUUUCAUGUCAAAAACCUAAGAUUCUGUGUUUCGGUUGGCAACACUUUUGAGUUAGUACAGUGAUUAGAAGCAUCUGUUCCAACCUCCGCUCCCACCCGUCCAUCGUUCCAAGCAAAAGAAAAACAAAAAGAUGAAUUUAUAAAUAGCUCAUAGCUGUGAAUUUGCUCCUAAAGUUGCAGUUCAUUCAUCCAUUUGAUAUAUUAUUUUCUUCUCUAAACAGAGGUUUUAGCAACAGCAUUGGCAACGGCAUUGGCUGUUUGGUGUGAUUGUGCUUUUGUGAUUGGAAGUGAUUUUUAAAUGUCAUGAGAUUUCUCACUGCUUCUGAAGUUCUGACUGACACAUUUCUGUUA